GCCUCGCCAGAGCGGCGCUCGCCGUCACCCACCGAGCGUCCGUCCUCCACGACGGUCAGUAUGGCCAUCGGUUGGUGGACCUCGUGAACAAUUGGAACGAGGACACCCGGCGCAUGCUUCGAGAGGAGCUGACCUUGCACUCCCGGGCCGAGCUGACGCAGCCUUCCUCUCCGGCCCCUCUGGAUGAUUCUUCUUUACAGACGAAUCUGCAGACCAUAUUGGCCGAAGUGAGACACUUGCAGCACCAGUCUGCAGGUUGGUGCGAUCACUGUGGGGCUCUCGGACGAGUAGCCAUUGCUCAGGAGGAGCUGACUGAGAUGGUUCGCGGACACUUGAUCCUCGAGCGGACCAGCACGCCUAAUCGAACUGCAUGCGCCACGCCGAGCACAACGGCUUCAGACACACAGGCCACGCUACAAAAGCUGGGCACCGAGCUGACAUCAGCCUUUGAGGAGAUGCAGAAGGCAUUGAAAGGGAGUGCAACGCUCGUGGAAGAUGCGAGGCGCAUCCAUGAUCAGCAGCCAAAACAGCCUUCUGUCGCUCUAGACAACGAGCCGUUGUUGAGUGAUCUCCGGCAGGUGAAGGAGCUGAUUGGAAGCGCAUCCGGCACUUCGCUGGCAGCAGAUGUGAGGGACCUUAAGGAAUCCCUCUUGCUGGUGCAGCGGAAGAGUGAGCAGGACUCCAAGCAUCUUCUUCAACAGCUAGAGUAUCUAGCCGACAUCGUCACGGUGAGCAACUCCAAGGAAGAGGACCCUCCUGCUUCACAGUACAACCAACAGAAGAUGCUCGAGGGCCUGCAGCAUGUCACUGAGCUCAUCAGCAUCGACCACCGCAAGGCCCGCGAGGAUGCCGAGGUGGUCCGACGGUCGGUCUGCGUUCUGGAGGCCGAGGUUUGCCAGUUCAAGGAGUCUGUGACGACCUCGCUGCAGCAGUCGGCGGAGGAGAUGUUGCGACGGCUGAAGGUCCUCGAAGAUCUGGUUGCCACCAGCCAGCAGACAGCUCAGCAGAAGACCGCUCUGCAGCUGGAGAACGUGGACCAGAAGGUGUUGCUGCAAUCCAGUGCUGUUGCGGAUGUCAAGCAGGAUGUUCUGUCGAUGAAGGAUCAUGUCCUUCAAUGUGAAGAGAGACUCAAAAAGGCACCCCGCCAAGCAGAUCUGACCGCGGCGGUGAAGAGAACUUUCGAGGAGAUGUCCCAAGAGUUUCAUGCAGAGUGCAGACAACUCUACCUGAAGCCGAGCUUCCAGGUGAGCUUCCCGGAUUCGUUGAACCAGGACCUACGUGAGAUCAAGGAGGCCGUGGAAACGGAGAGGCGUGAGCGGGAGCAGUCCACGGUCGCAUCCUCGGCGGAGUUCACGAAUCUUACCAAGGAGGUGCAGAAGAUGGGACAGGACGUUCAGGGGCUUGAGGUCACCGUCACUGAGCGGGUGAUGUCCGAAGUUCAACACGUUCAAGAUAUCUUCGCGAUUCUGGAGAGCAACUUCCUGGGAGUGGUGCGGAACCAGCUCGACAAGGCGACGGCCUCCUUCUCCAGCACGACCUCCAUGUUCAGGAGAAGUUUGAGGCGGGAUGUGGAGAAGAUGCUGAAGGACACUACUUCUGGCCAGGCACAUCGAUCGCAACCCACAGCUCCAGCUGCGGAGGAGCCAGAAGACGCAACGCACUCCUGCAAGAUGAUCGAGACCAUCUUUGCUUGCUUCAGCACCUUCGAGUUCUGCUUGCUCGUCACCAGCGCGAUGCUGGAGCUGCAGACUCAAGAAAGAUUCCUGGCGGCCAUCGCCAUCGUGCUAGGUCCAUACCUGCUCAACUGUGUGGUGGUGCUGAUUUUCUUCUUCCUUCUGACCGAUGCAUUGGCCAGGUGGAUGAGGCAGAACUGGGGCCAUGCGCAGCGGCUCCUGGCCCUGGCAGUGCUGAGACCGGACUGGCUGCGCGUCUUCAGUCUCUAUGCACCGCAGCUGCGGUCAGCGCCGAGCGCCUGGGAACAGCGCCGUUGGCAAGAGGCCCUCCGGAGGCGUACCGCACUGCUGCAGCAGGAGUGUGACGAGCUCAAGCUGUUGGUUCGGCCGACGGAGGUGGCGCACCACACCCCGGACGUCGAGGCAUAUCGCCCGCAGGUGACUGCACUCCACGAGCCACAGCAUGGCAUGCGCACACCGGCAGCGGCUCAUGCACACGUAACUCUCCGGAACCACCAUACCAGCAGCCAUCAGGAUGCACCACCACCACUGGACAGCUCGGGGCUUGCGCCUUCUGCACCCUUGAGGUCAACCAGCAUCCCUGCUGCCACAGGUGCAGCGCCUCCGACUUCGCCGCUGCGGAAUCGAGAGUGGGACGGAUGGCUCAGGACGCACUCGCAGCAAGAGGCGCAGCGAAGCACAGGCUCUGGCUUUCCGAGCCCAAGGAGCCCCGGGAGCCGCGUCAGUGCCCCAGGGCUUGGACGACGGGGUCCGGGCCCGGGUGCCACGUCUCCGCGGCGCGGCAGAGGAGGCGAUGACCAGGCCUUGGGCAUCGUGCCACACAUGCCGAAGUCGGUGCAAGGUACUGCGGCAACCAGUGUUGGCACACUCCCGGAAGCAGAACUUCUGCCUCACUCUUGCUUGGUUUGUGGCCUCGCGCCACUCAGCACACCGAAGAGAACAGUGGCACACUACAACUUUUUUAUGUGUGUGGCGACGCUGGCUUUCGCUUUGUACAGCGAGUUGCCCAAGGUUUGGGUGACGGUGAUCUUGAUGUCGCAGUCGGUGGAGCCCGUGUCUGCCAUCGUUCGCGUGCCAAUUGUCACCAUCAACGGCUUGUAUCUGCUCUGGUGCCUUCUGUUGGUUUCGCACCACCUCCUGUCCUGGUGCGGCUGCAGACGGGUGACUGCCCCCACACAGCCGCCGAGCAUGCUCAGAGUGUCAGCCACUGUGUCGGCAUCGGAGGAUGCCGUGGUUCUGCAGUGGCAGCCUGGCUGCGUGACAGACUGCAUCCAUUCUGCCCGGGCUGUAGGCUGUAGCCAGAGUCGUUCAAUGAUUUGGGGUUCUAUGGAUCGACCGUCCCCCAUCGACGCCUUCUUCAGCCUCCUCACCAUCCAUCCGAACAGCCUGAAGCCACGGUUUAGGGUUUCCCCGAACCAUUGA